AUGAGAUUUGGUCAACACUUGGAUCACAACGAGAUUAUUGAGAACUUGAUGUCUGAGCUGUUGAUCAGUGAUAUCAUUGACAAUAGGGUUGAUAUGUGUAGUGGAGGCGAACGGAAACGUAUAGCUAUUGCUUGUGAACUGACGGCUCAAAAAAGGCCUCAUAUUCUAUGUAUUGACGAACCGACGAGUGGUUUGGAUAGUUGUGCGGCAAUUAAUCCAAACAAUGAAUUGUUUCAUAUGUUUGAUUACAUCUAUGUUUUGGCCAAAGGAGGCGUUUGUGUGUUUGCGGACAGACCUCAACACUUAAAGCAAACUCUUAUUAAUAAUGACAUUAAAUGCGAUGAAAAUCAGAUUCCAAUCGAAGUAUUACUAGAAAUCGCUUCCGAGGUGAUUUAA